UGCGCAACACAGCUCCAGAAGUGACAAACAUCAUCCUUCUUCCACACACUCGCUCAGCUCUUAUCGUUGGGGCAGGUAACGCUGCAUUUAAAAACAACGGUAAUCUCAGCACAGAGUGGUGCGCUGGAGGAACACGCAAGUUUCAAGUCGCAAGCCACCGCGACCUGAGUGACGCAACUUUUCUGCAACCGACCAGAGAGGCUGCGAUACCCAGCUUCUCCAAAAAUUCCCCGGACCUGCUGCCGUCAUGAACUAGUUAUUCAAGCGGCUGGAUCGAGCGGCCAAACGUGUGCGAAAUCGAGCACGAUACCGGCAUCGCGGUAGAUCGAACACAAUGGGUUGUUGUCUUUCCCGAGACGGCGGUCCAAACUCGCCUUACCCAGGCGGCGCCGCCACUGGCUCCGGUCGAGCGAUCAACGAGGCUACCCAAACAGCCGGCGCAUCCAGCUCGCAAACCGGAGUCGACGAAUCUCUCCCGUCGGGCUCCCAGCGCCGGCGGAGGCGAUCCCAUCAACCACUGAACCAACACAUUAACAAACCCCUGCGGCGACACGAAUGGGUCAGUCGCGACCGGCAAUGGACCCCUGCGGCCCUGCGGAGGGAGAGGAUCGAGUUCUUCGACACGCGGGUUACCGGCAGAGAGGAGAUAUGGCAGACUCUGCGUGCCGCGCUUGAAGUCCUCUGGGCCGCCGACGAGGUCGCGCGGAAUGAGCAGCACCGACGGGCGAGCGAGGAUGGAGGUCCAAGCGAAGAGGACCCCGUGGUAGCUCUGGCAACCGCGCAAAGCAUCAUUGAUGCGGCCGACAUUACGCUUCCCACUGGAGACUUGUACAACGGAGCAUAUGAUGCCUUUGGAAACUACUACCAGCUGUCACACCAAAUCGUGGCAGACCCCUCCAAUUUGCUACGGAGCCCGACUUCAACCGAGGACCUGGACGAUGCUAAGGCCGACUUGGCAGCUGGCGAGGAGACGGAACGAGAGUACGGCGACGACGAAGUUGAGCGACGGCGCGAGGAGAAAGGCAAGGCCGUUGUGGAUAUCAGGGAUCAGAUCACCAUCAGGGCAAGACUCAGUGACGGGUCUCGGGAUGUUAGCGUUGUGGUAAGCGAGCAAGACUCUGUUCGGCGCAUUGCCAGGGCUAUUGCAGAGAAAGCAAAGCUCCAAUCCAACAAGAAGAUACGGAUCGCCUACAUGGGGAAGAUUCUCCAGGAUGGCUCCCCCCUCAUGACUCAAGGCUGGAAACAGGGCCAUGUCAUCAACGCCUUGGUGUUCAGCCGCUAGAACCGCUGGUCACCAUUGCUGGACGAUCAGCCACUCGGAUCAUCCUCAUCGGCAACUGGAGACACCAACUAUAUUCCUAUCGGCGGCUCAGCCUGUUCCAGUCCAAC